CCACCGCCAUACUGUAUUUUAUAGUAACUCAUUUUUAUUCCUCUCUUUUACUCCCGCUCGGGUUAAAGCUAAGUGACCCAGCCAUGACCGGCAAAACACAGACUAGCAAUGUUACCAAUAAGAAUGACCCCAAGUCAAUCAACUCCAGAGUCUUCAUUGGCAAUCUGAACACAGCCAUUGUCAAAAAAGGUGACAUAGAGGCAAUCUUUGCAAAGUAUGGAAAAAUAGUUGGCUGCUCAGUGCACAAAGGUUAUGCAUUUGUACAGUAUAUGAGUGAGAGGCAUGCGAGGGCUGCGGUGGCAGGAGAGAAUGCCAGGAUCAUUGCAGGACAACCACUCGAUAUCAACAUGGCAGGAGAACCAAAACCAUACAGACCAAAACCUGGAAACAAGCGGCCACUUUCAGCCCUUUACAGACUUGAUUCAAAGGAACCUUUCCUGUCUGUUGGAGGUUAUAUCUUUGAUUAUGAUUACUACAGAGAUGAUUUCUACAAUCGAUUGUUUGAUUACCAUGGUCGUGUCCCACCACCACCUCGUGCAGUGAUACCAUUGAAGCGCCCUCGUGUGGCCAUGACAGCCACUCGUAGAGGGAAAGGGGUUUUUUCCAUGAAAGGGGGAUCGCGAUCAACGUCUAGUGGAGCGUCUUCUUCAGGAUCCAAAUUGAAAUCAGAUGAGUUGCAAACAAUCAAGAAGGAAUUAACCCAAAUCAAAACAAAAAUUGACUCCUUGCUAGGGAGACUGGAGAAGAUUGAAAAACAGCAGAAGGCUGAAGCAGAAGCUCAAAAGAAGCAAAUGGAAGAUAAUGCUGAGUUGAUCCAAGAGGAAUGCAGAUCAGAGAAUGCAGAUAACUCUACAGAAGAGCCUGUUGAAGUAGGGCCAGAUGCAGAUGGGGAUGGAGAAGAGAUGACUGAUGGAAUAGAGGAGGAUUUUGAUGAGGAUUGCAGCAGUGAGCUGUUUCUACAGAUCAAGUGAUGAGGUGUCAUGUGUGAGCCCCUUGGAGGCUGAGAAGAGAAACUGUGACUUCCCCUUUCCACUCCCCCACAGAAAUGUGAAGUGGGGUUUCUUACUGGCUAGCAACACCUUUGAUUCAAUUUGUAUGAAAACUCACUUUACUUAUUAAAAUGGACAUUAUAGUUCAAACCUUAGAAAUUUCAUUUCUUAUAUGUUCUAAGCUGUACAACUGUCAGAUUUUUAUGGUUUAGAUUGUAAAUGUGUUUUUCUCUGGCUACUUAUUGGUAUUAUUUGUUUUUAAUUUUGAUGUCUUAAAGGCCAAGGUACUGUAUGAUAAUAAUAUGAAGGACAUAUUUAACAAGCGUGAGAGACACUGUAUACAAAUGUAUAUUUGUAAAAGCUAUUUUUAUGAUUAGCAUGUUUUACUGUUUAUCAUAUUUAAAGUCAGUUGAUAUUGCAUUUCUAUGUUUAUAGCUUAAUUCAGACACAGUCAUGUUAUGAUCGAAGACAUGCUCAAUCAUGUUGUAUGGUAUUUUUCAUUACUAUUCAUUAUAUUCAUAGUUUAAGAUAAAUUAUGUUUACUAGUAGGGAGAAUAUUGAAAGGCAAAGUAAUCGUUCUGCUGUGUUCAUGCACUAUUUCACUGUAAUUGCAAAAAAGUGCAAAUAUGUCAAAUAUCAGAUCAAUUGAUAAACUAUAAAUUAAACCCACUUGUUAAUCCCUUUUUUCAAACAAGCACUCUCUGUGAUGCCAUAGAUUAGCACAGUUAUUUCAUCUGUAUCUGUUACUAUCUCAAAGCAGUUUGUUGUCACCUUAUGGAAAAGUUUACAUGCCAGUGAAUGUCCCAUCCAAACUGUAUUCCAGACAGGUGAAUGUUUUAUAUAUUGCCAAUAUUUGAAACCUUACAUUAGAUUAUCAAUUGUUUUGUUUCACUUUCAGUCAAUAGGAUAGUUCCAUUCCUCAAUCUCUCAAGCAUUCUCCACAUGCUUGAAGAUAGAAUAAUCCAUUCUCACAGAGGCUGUAGGGGAAUUCAGUAUAUAAUUUCUUAAUAAAUCAUGUUUCUUUUCAAACAAAAUGGAUUCAUUAUUUCUCUUAUGUGAUACUCAAAUGUGUUUUAAUACACUUAAGAUAUAUUAGCCACUGGUGUGACUGCUUCUUCUCGAAAGAAAGUACCAGCUUGUUCCCAGUUCUCAUGAUAGGACUGUUCACGGUUCCAGAGAACCAGUUCAGAUGACACUCAUAACAGGGAAGAAGUAGCCACAUCUUUAUAUGAGAUAUACUAAGAUAGAAAACAUUUUAUGCAAGAGAGAGACAUGUCUUGUAGCUGAGUCGUAAGGCACAUCUAGAGUUAAAAAGGAAAGUCUUACUGGCUGGAUUACUUAGAAGUAGCCACAUUUAGAACAUGUUGCCAGGAGAAAGAUCUCAUCCAAGUAAGUGGAGCUCUGAAACAGUAUGUUUCAAAAUACUGAACUACAGAGAUGUGACUUGCACUACCAUGCUUGUCCUGCAGUACUUGAUGUUUCAUUGAACAAAACUGACAGCAUUUCUAAAGAUAACUUUAUGUCGUGUCCUCUCAACCAUUGUCCAUGGUACCUGAUCCAAAGCAUACUGAAGUAAAUGCAAAGACUGCCAUUAUAGUCCAAUGCGCUUUGGGCUAGACCUGAUGAUACUGGCUGCAUGUGAUGGAGGAGUAGAGGGUAAUUGAUGGUGACCUUACAAUGAAGAAAAUGGGAGAAGCCCCAGAGACUGUAUCCAGACUGGCUUCAGGUAAGGAUCAGUUAAAAAAAAGGAGAGAUAUCCAUUAAAUAGAUGUGAGGGAGAGUGUGUAUCAGGUUUGACCAUGUGGGAACUAAGUCAAUAGGAGAAUAGAGAAAAUGACAUUUUGCCUCUCAGUUACACUGGUGUAAAUUCAGGAUAAUUCCACUGAAAUCAGUGGAGUUAUACCAGCUUAACUGAAAGCAGAGUUUUGCCUAUUUACUAUGAGUCACUAUUGUUCAACAUAAGGAAUGUAGACUGGGGCCCAUUUUGUGUUACAAUCACAGCAAACCCAAACAAAAUGUUACAAUCAGUAAUAUUAACCCAAAUACUACCAAUAGUCUGGUAAUCACUGAAAUACCUCAGGGAAGUAUUUUAAAGAUAUACUUGUCCUUUGUGUUGUUUUUCUCUAAACUUACUAAAAACUGGAGAGAAAUAUUCCAUCAUAUGCCCAUUUUAUAGCUGCAAAAAUUAAGAACAAUGCUCACCAUUCCCGUGGUUCUUAUUUGAUUUACAGUAAAAAUAAAUAAUAAAUCCAAAUCCUAUCUAUUCAGUGGGAGUUUUGCCUCAGUACUGAGUGAAUAAGGGCUUAAAAGAUUUGAGCUGAUGACUUUUUGAAAUCUUGGAGAAUGUCCUCUUAGUAGAUCAAUUAUGGGAACUGUGCUGGUAGUUAAAAUAAUAUCAUAAUUCUGUAUUACAGAUGGUUUGAAUAAGCAAUCCCUGAAUCAGCUCAGCACCAGCUAAGCCAUGAUUAAGUGGGUACUAUGAACUGUAAAGUACCACAGCAGGUUUUUACAUUAUUCCUUAAUGUGCCAUUAUCUGUAUUUAGUGUUUACAGGAAUAAUUUCACAGUCUCAACAGUCAACACUGUUCCACACAGUGAUGUUAUUCCUGAAAGUAUUUUUUUCUGGCACAAAAACAUCUAAGAUGGGGUCUAUUGAUAUUCUUACAUUUGAAAGCUACAAGUUUACUGUACUGUGUAAUAUAUUCUCCUAACUUUCUUAAUGACACAUUAGAUUCAAAUCAUUGAAGAGAUGCUGGUAUUUUAAAGAGGACUUGAUGCUUUAUUGCCUGUCACACGUACCAUAUGCAAUUGCUUCCCAUUGUCACAUACACUUAAAGUUUACUAACUAUUUUGUGUUACGUAUUCUUUGCAGCACAGAGGAACCAGUAAGUGUUUAGGACCUAAUUUCCAUUUACACUAAUGCCCCUUUAUACCAUUCUGGCAGUGUAAAUGUAAUUUACAAACAUUUUAUGGAACCUUUACACUGUCAGCUGCCCAGGGACCUCAGGGUAAAUUAGAAUCAGAGCUAUAAUAUUCAGCCUAAGCAUCACUUUACCCUAGGAAUGAACUGAGUACCAGAAACCAUCAUUUUUAAACAUUUAAAAUUAUAUUAUAGCCAUAAAGAGAGACAUUUGUAGCUAUAGUUCUCUAGAGCUACAGUAACAUCCAGUGAUCAUUUAUGGUAACGGGGAGUGAGUGAAGUUGCAGUACCUACUUCUGUUGUAUAUCGCUGUGAGUCAAAAUUAAUUUGGCUAGUGAAUAUUCAGCUUUUUCAACUUGUUUAUAUACCAUCCCGGAUUCAGCUAUUAAAAUCAUUUUCUACAUAGGCUUCCACCCUCAAUUUGUCUCUAAGAUUGCUAUUUCAAACUGUGCAGUUGCAUGAAUGGAAAAGAUUUGCUGAAUGUUAGUUUUACAGCUUAAUCCAGAGGAAAAGAUUUUUACUUCUGUAAAUUCUUGUCUUAAGUACCAUUGCUGGGAGGUUUUGUGUAGCAUCAUAGUAUAUUACUUAAUGCUGAAAAAAUAAUCAUAUUAAAACUAUGUAGAUAGCGCCAACCUUGUAAGCAGUGGUAUUUUUAAUAGACAGUAUUGAAAGGUAACUAACGUUAAAAGUGUUCAACAUUUUGCCCAUUUAUACCUGUGUAAUGGUUCAUGACAGUUUUCUUUAAAAUGCUGUAACAUAUUUCUACGUCUGUAAAUAAAUAUUUUCUUUGAUUUAUGCACUAA